AGGAAGAGGGAGCGAUCCCCUCAGUACACUGUCCAGCUCCGAGGCUGCGAGGUACGAGCCGGGCCCGACACUGACCACUCCUACAGGAUCACACUGAGCAUGCUCGGGGACCAGGUCGCGGUGCUGGAGGUCGGUAGUUCGGAGGAAAAGGAGCGUUGGCUGAAGCUACUGCAGGACGGAGCUGUCAGUCACAGUCACCAUGACAACAACGCACAGGGACACACAGGUGGAGUUCUCAGUGGGCUGCAGACUCGGAGGUUUCCCACCUCCAACACCUACAUGGACGACCCCUUCCACCUGAGUGGACCAGGCCGGGACCAGCCCAUCUACUCCAACACCUCCAUCCUGGAGCACAUGCUCCACAGCUCAGAGUCGUCCAAAGACUCAGUGACCGUCAGCAACACAGAUAUCACCAACAGGAGGGGGGUGGAGGUGGAGCGCAGCGUUCAGAAGUUGGAGUUGACCGGGAAGAGGCCGGUGCAGCUGAGGUCCGGUUCAGAGAUCAACCUGUCGUCUGCUGGGAAGCAAAACAAACGCACCUCUUUCCGACAGUCGCUGGCUGUGUGUAGUGAACGUGCUCAGGUGGGUUUCCUGAACCCUCUGCUGCGACGGACGGCCUCAGCUAAAACCUCUCUGAGACGAGCUCCGUCAGCGUUGUUCAUGGAACAUGGGAAGGUCUUCCAGAGGAAGAAGGAGUGGGAAACUAAAGCUGCAGUUUGACUCUUCAUCACAUCGUCACCUGAAGAGUCGUCUUAUAACUUCACGUCUACGUCUCGUAACAUAUACACAUUCAGUUAGCACUUUAUUAGGAACACCUGUGCACCUGCUUCUUCCAUCACUUAUCCAAUCAGCCAGUCAUGUGGCAGCUUUAUCUAUGAUCGAUCAUAUUCCAGCACAUGUGAACACGUCUGUGUACGGAGACAAAUCUGUUUCUUCUUCUUCUUCUUCUUCUUCUUCUUCUUCUUUGGUCGGUUUACGGCCAUCUACUGCUGUACUUCAAUCAAUCAAAUUUUAUUUGUAUAGCCCAUAUUCACAAUUCACAAUUUGUCUCAUCGGGUCUAACAAGGUGAGACGUCCUCUGUUCUUAACCCUCAACAAGAAUCUUUCCUUU